AUGAACCGACUGCUGUGCUCCCGGAGCACCUGCGCUCGGCUCUUCCGAAGCGCCGCUUACCGCCAAGACAUGCCUCCUCCAGGCGGCUAUCCUCAAAUGCCCUGGCGGCGCAACAUUCCCCACCGAGGAAUGAGCUACAUCCACAUGCUCGUCGCCGGCUUCGUCGCUUACUGGCUCGAGCGAACUGUCACUUCCCGACGCGUCCAGUGGGAACAGGAGUCCUUCUGGGAGGGACAGAACAUUGACAUGGCUUGCAUGCCCCUCUACGAGGCCGAAAUCGACAGAGACGAACUCAGGUCUUUGAAAGAACAGAUGGAAGGUGAAGCUGUCAACAUCGUUGCUUCUGGAUUCGACCCAACCUGGAAGGUCGGCGGCCACGGAAUCGGCGACAACGGCAACCCGGAGUACUGGCCCUCGAACGGCUACACCAGUCCCUACAACUUGGCAAUCUUCAAAAACUUCGAAGGCGAGCGCGCUGCAAAGACCCACUCCUGGUCUCAUCAAUCCAUGGCCCUCAACUCUGCGAUGGGACUCGGCGCCGGAAAAUUCGAGCAUGUUGGUCCUCGAGGAACUUUCUAA